AUGGCUCCUCCUCCUCCAUGGCUCCGUCUCUACCAGAGAACAAACUCAACCAAAUCUCCUCUCAGCUCUCUCCUCAUCGCUCGAUCUUCUCCAUCGAGCUCCGACGAACUCAUUUCCAGUCAAAUCCGACUAAUCGGCGGUAGGAGAGGAGGAGCUAGGUCUUCUCCUUUCUCCGUUACGAUACGUUAUCCUGCUUAUCAUCCUCACAUACACUCCUCCAUAGGUUCUAGAGGUUUCUCUAGUAUUACUUCUGAUGUCAGUGAUGAUGAAAUCGAAUCUGAUUGCAAUGACAAUGAUGAAAAUGAUGAUCUUGUUAGUGACGUCACUUGUGUAGCUGAUUCAGUUACUAAUCCGGAAGAAGUAGAUAGAGUCUGCAAAGUGAUUGAUGAAUUAUUUGCUUUAGAUAGAAACAUGGAAGCUGUUCUUGAUGAAAUGAAUAUAGAUUUAUCUCACAAUCUGAUAAUAGAAGUUUUAGUACGUUUUCGACACGCGAGGAAGCCUGCGUUUAGAUUCUUCUCCUGGGCUGGAGAGAAGCCAGGCUUUGCUCAUGACUCAAGAACUUACAACACAAUGAUGAGUAUCUUAGCCAAGACUAGACAGUUUGAGACUAUGGUUUCUUUGCUUGAAGAGAUGGGUGUCAAAGGUUUGUUGACGAUGGAGACUUUUACUAUAGCGAUGAAGGCUUUUGCUGCUGCUAAAGAGAGGAAGAAAGCUGUUGGUAUCUUUGAGUUGAUGAAGAAGUAUAAGUUUAAGAUUGGUGUUGAGACGAUUAAUUGUUUGUUGGAUAGUCUUGGUAGGGCUAAGCUUGGGAAAGAAGCUCAGGUUUUGUUUGAUAGGUUGAAGGAGAGGUUUACUCCGAAUCUGGUGACUUAUACUGUUUUGCUUAAUGGUUGGUGUAGAGUUAAGAACUUGAUGGAAGCAGCGAGGAUUUGGAAUGGUAUGAUUGAUCAGGGGUUGAAACCGGAUGUUGUAGCUCACAAUGUUAUGCUUGAAGGUUUGUUGAGGAGUAGAAAAAAGUCUGAUGCGAUCAAGUUGUUUCAUGUUAUGAAGUCUAAGGGGCCUUCUCCUAAUGUCCGUAGCUAUACAAUUAUGAUUCGUGACUUUUGUAAACAGUCGAGUAUGGAAGCUGCUGUUGAGUACUUUGAAGACAUGGUUGAUUCUGGUUUGGAACCUGAUGCUGCGGUUUACACUUGUCUGAUCACUGGUUUUGGGACGCAGAAGAAGCUGGAUACGGUUUACGAACUGCUCAAGGAGAUGCAAGAGAAGGGACAUCCUCCGGAUGGUAAAACGUACAACGCGUUGAUUAAACUGAUGGCGAGUAGGAAAAUGCCAGAACACGCGACGAGGAUCUACAACAAGAUGAUACAGAAUGGUAUCGAGCCGUCGAUUCACACGUUCAACAUGAUGAUGAAAUCUUACUUCAUGGCGAGAAACUAUGAGAUGGGGAGAGCGGUUUGGGAGGAGAUGAUGAAGAAAGGGAUUUGUCCUGACGACAACUCGUAUACGGUUUUGAUCAGAGGGCUUAUAGGGGAAGGGAAGUCGAGAGAGGCGUGUAGAUACUUGGAAGAGAUGCUUGACAAAGGAAUGAAAACGCCUUUGAUUGAUUAUAACAAGUUUGCUGCUGAUUUUCACAGAGGAGGACAACCUGAUAUAUUUGAGGAAUUGGCACAGAGAGCUAAGUUCUCUGGUAAGUUUGCUGCUUCGGAGAUCUUUGCGAAAUGGGCUCAGAUGACUAGAAGGAGAUUCAAACAGAGAUUCAUGGAAGAUUGA